GGCAUUACUUUAUUUAUUAAUUUUUUUUAGUUAUGUAAAAUAUUGUCCAAGCAAGUUGGGCCGACGCCCAAAGCCCGUGGGUACUCAUAUGGGUUGAGCUUUGGCUUCAUUGUUAGGCCUGCGAUGUUAGUCGGGCCGGACUUAGGCCUAAAAUAUUCUCGUAAUAUAAUACGGAGUAUUUGGUUUGUUUCGAAACUUGGUUCGACUCAGACUCUGAUCAGAAGUAUUUUCUUCAAAGUUUCAAAGAUCUAACCCAUUCUGGACCUCCCAAUAGAUCCCAUCAAAUGAGAAUGUUUCCAAAGACAGAAAUGUUGGCCCAGUCUCAGGAUGGCAUAAAAGCAGGCGAAGGCCUCCCACCUAACACGCCAGAUCUCCAUUGCCAUCAACAGUACUAUUGCUUUCUGGUACCUUUGACACUUCCUUUUGUUCUUGUUGUUGCUUCUGUGCUAGUGGCUGUUCCAGAUGGAAACAUCUCAGCACUCUGCAAAGGCGUUAGGCUAGCCAACUAUUGUGUCGAUUUUCACUUCAAUAAGCCUGUCAUUAUAAUCGGAGUUAUGAUGCUGGUCAUUGGCCUCAUUGGGUGCAUCGCAUUUUGCUGCAAGAAUGGGAGGGCUGCCGCCGCAUACUUUGUAUUCCAGGUUGUUGUGUUCAUUUACAUGAUUGUUGUUAUGAUUACUUGGUCAAUAUACACCAGGUACUCACCGGCCGCCCUCGGCGUCGCCUUAUUACAAGGAAUACCCACUCGACCACUUCUCCCGCUUCUAUCGCCGCAAGGUUACCGGUGGGAUCAGAUUGCAAACUGUCUCGCUCCCUCUGAUGGCCGCUGUGCUCAAUUGGACCACACCACUACUUACAAUAACUCCUCUCAACAGUUCUUCAAUGCUGCAAACCUGAUCACUCCCCUUGCAGUUCGAUCGGGUGUUGUAUGCCGCGCCUCAGGAAUGUGGCCGGCCGGGUACACUUUCGUGAGCCCAACAAAUUGGACAUCAUCAACGAGCAAUCAAACAAAUGUUGAUUGUGCGAAGUGGAACGUUGAUCCGAUCCGAGUAAACUGUGCUAUUCUUGUGAUUCUUGCAAAGCCGGAGUGCUGCUCACCGUUAAUAAGAGAUUGAAAUCAACAAAUCUCAUCUUGCUUAUCACCUUUGGGUUGGCAUUCAUUGUUUGGGUUGGUAACCUCAUUUUGGGUCAUAUCUCUCAAUAUUCAAUAAGACAAGUUAUUAUCAAAUUGUAUCAUGGUAUCAGAGCUAAGGCUCUCAAAAACCUAGCCUCUCUUUUUUUCCGACCGCCGCCCAUCAUGGCAGCCCCGUCGGAUCCUUUGGCGUCCUUACCCUCCGGAGUAAAACUUUUGCUUCGGAGUCUCCACAACUUAAUCCCAGAAAAACUCACCGAAACAAAUUAUCCGGCAUGGUCUCUCAAUGUCCAGACAGCUCUUUCAGCUAAUC